AAACCAUUGUCAUUAAUAGAUUAUAAUUAUUAUAAUAAUACCUGGUGAAGACUUGCAGAAUGAAUACAGACUGCUAUAAUCAAAUGUGCUCAAAAACCAGUCAAUGGCAAAAAUAAAUGGUACUCUCAUUGCAGGAUCCACUAUUUUAACAAUUUUAUUUAACGUUUCCCUCACUGCCAUUUUGUCCACGUUACACACAAAACGCUUUUUACUUGUUUAAACUUUGCUUAAGUUAAUUUUGUAGCGGCCAAAUACUGAAACUUCGCCAGUGAACUUCGCAACGUAAAUUUUCGCCAUAUUUGUUUUGGUUUCGUGGCCGUGGUUUACAGAGGCCUGGAAACAGUCACAAGUUCGAGGGUCAACGAAAGUCACAAAAAAAUGUCUAAUAAUUAUAAUUUUAAGACUUUUAAUUUAAAUGUUCAUAGCAAAUUUCUGAAGAACCUACUUUAUGAAAAUAACCCAUCAAUGUAAUCUCCAAAACUAUCAGAUCGUGCUUCAUGGACAUCGAUGUUGACAAUGCACAAGACAUUGAAACCUUUCUCUUGGACACUUUAGAUGUAAGUCAGAUUUUACCAGUAUAAACUCUAUUACUCUAAUAGUUAAAUAUUCGGUCCAGGUAUUGUCCAACCUCAGAAAAUGGCCCUGGGUACGAGGUUGGGAAUUGUCGACAUUUGUAUAAAAUCAUGCACUAUAUGUACAAUUUAAUUUUAUUUUGUAAAUAAUUAUAAGGAAACUGAUUAAAUGAAUGGUGGCGUCUGUGCAUGGUCAUGGGUGACAUACCAGAUGCAGAUGGUUGUUUUGAGCUAGAGAGUUCGGGGGCAAGGAAAUCUUUCAAUAUACCCUUGUGGAAAGUAUGUCACUUUGGUUAUUGAGCCUUGCUUCGGUAAUUGAGAUGUUGGGCUUUAACUAAUCUCACAUACACAAAAACAAGGUUCUGUAUAGGCAAGAUGACUUGCUUUGUGGAGGGGUGCAUGUACAUUCCAUUAUCGUUCCAUUUCUUGACAUUGGUUCUCACAGUCAGUGAAUCGUGCCUGUUGGUUAGUUGGUCAGCUGUAGGGUCAGUCAGUCAGUUGGUUUGGUCUGUCAGCGAUCAGCUUUCUACGGUAUUAAAGAGAGAUUCUUGUGCAUAUUAAAUUCCUAACCAGUCUUUUUAUCAUCCUAUUCUGCUUGGCAUGUAGCUCAGGGGCUAUGUUUACACUAUACCGGAUAGCUUUCUGUAGCAGUGCGAAAAAGCACCUAUGUUAUGCAGGGCCGCCCAGAGGUUGGCGGGGGCCCGGGGCAAUUUUUUUUUAGGGGCCCCUAUCUGAAAAAAUUUUCCUGGAAAAAUUUUUUUCCGGACAAAAAAUUUUCGGUCAGUGUACCAUUUUAGGGGUAAAAAUUUUUUUCCGGAGUACAAAAUUUUUCCGGACGAGUACGUUGCAAUUGCUUUCGAGGGACUUUAUCUCAUUUUUUUAUGCCAAAAUUCGGUACUUAGCCCAAGAAAACAGAUAUCUUGUCCUUUGCGCGGAAAUAUUUAACACACAAAAAAGGCUGGGGCCCAACAAAAAUUUUUCAGGGGCCCCCAGCAACUCGGGGCCCGGGGCAAUUUGCCCCCUUUGCCCCCCCCUCUUUGCGGCCCUGAUGUUAUGCACUAGAAUGUACAACUUUCAGAAGCUGAGCAAAACAACUUAAAUUACAUCUCUCUGUUGCAAUCUUUCCGGUACAGUAUAAACGUAGGUCAGACGAUUUUCUGAUGACUUGGACAUUUGUUGGCUAAUUGAAUAAGUGAAAUAAUUUUGAUGGCUGCUUAAUUUAAACAUGAUUCCUGUAUUUUCUUUAUAGACAUUAUGCCAGGAGAGUACUUCAGAAAUUGCCAAAUUACAAAUUUUAUCAAAUCUUCAAGAGAAAGUAGGUUGAACAACUCUCUGUACAACUGCAGAAAAGUGCUGACAACUUCACAAAUAGAACUACAAAACAGACAACGACAACCUUAUAAGUCUUAUAAAGAUUAACGUACAGCAUGCCCAACUUAAAUCAUGCAACAAACUUGCAAAUACUUCACCAGGCUUCACAAUACUUUAACAUGCAAUGAGAUUGUGUUUGCACACUGUACACUAGAAAUACAUAUUGAUUAGUUUAACAUGUUAUUCAAUUAUCUCAAUAUAUGUAAGUGUAUUUUAUAGGUGCAAUGGGCUUCCUUGAAUGUCACCAGGUACAGUACCAGUUAACCUCAGUUAACCUGCUAUUGUCAUUAUUACAUUUAGGUAAUUAAAUUGUAUAUUUUCCAAUUAUUAAUGGGCACUCCACUUAACAUUUAUUGCAUUCAUUAAAUGCAUUGGCUACUCCCCAUAUAAUCGGUUAUCACAUACUUGAUAUGCAAGUACCAGGUAAUCAAUAAUGAGGUAUAUAGAUGGGAGGCCCGGGUGGGAGGGGGCAAUUUCCCCUGUUCUCCACCCAUUAUUGGGAUCCCCCAUUUAAGGCCAUGCAGUGCCAAAAUUUGACCCCUUGCACAAGUUGGGCUUAAACUCAGGUUGUGGCUCCUAUGUGCCAUUUUUGAGCAGGAGGCCAUUUCAAGUUUGUGAUGUUUAAGUUAUGACACAAUUGUGAAACUGCAAGUAACAUAUAUUGUUAUUCUUUUAGUGCAGAGCAUGUUACUGGUUCAUUAAAGAACAUGUUUAUUUACCCAGGGAUAAAUGAUGGACAGUUUUAUAAAUCUCAGGUACUGCAUGCACAUAAUUUACUACUAAUUAAUUUAAUUACUACUAAUUAAUUUAAUUACUACUAAUUAAUUUAAUUACUACUAAUUAAUCUAAUUACUACUAAUUAUCAGUAUAAGUUAAAUAUAUGCACUUUAUCUAGUACCUAUAAUCACUGAUUUAUAUAUAUUUUUAACAUAAUUUACUACUAAUAAUGUAGCACAUAAUUUACUACUAAUUAAUCUAUUUACUACUAAUUAAUCUAUUUACUACUAAUUAAUCUAUUUACUACUAAUUAAUCUAUUUACUACUAAUUAAUCUAUUUACUACUAAUUAAUCUAUUUACUACUAAUUAAUCUAUUUACUACUAAUUAAUCAGUAUAAGUUAAUAUAUGCACUUUAUCUAGUCCCUAUAGUCACUGAUUUAUAUAUAUUUUUAACAGCUUUUGGUGACAUUAACAGUGGUUUUAAUCCUUUCCUCUUCAAAACUCAAGGUGAUUCUUGUCGUACCCUGUAGAUUUAUGCUGGAAAUUUUUUAAAUCAAAUUAUGGCAGAUGGCAUGAAGUGAUUUAUUUCCAGGCGUAAUUGUGUUUUUUUUAUACCUAAUAGCAUGUUGAAUCUCUAAUAUUAACGGAUACCAAUGAAAAAAUUUCAAAUGACGGUUAAUAAAGCCUAAAGGUUUGCUGGAGGCGAUGUAUAGUAUUAUGUUAAUAAGAGGAUUAAUAUGAUGAUUGCAAUUGUAUCUCUGUUUUUCUUUUCAGAACUUACAGGAGAAUUGUGAAACGUUGCACAGCAGUGUUCAGUUUUUAACAGAUGUUAUUUCAAAGGUGGCGUAAUUGACCAUUUGCGUAAUACUAAUAGACUAAAUUUUGAUCUAAACAAGUCUAGACAAAAAGUUCAUCAUAGCUUGAAAGAGCAUCACAAAAUUAGUAAUAUUCCAAAGUUUCGUUGCGAAAUGUUGUAAAAUCAGCGGAUAAUAUAGCCUUACGAAGUUUGCAAUUUUCUGUCAUUUUAGAUUACAAACGGGAAAUUGACAGCCCCAAAGGGUAUUGGGCUGUCAAUAUCCGCAUUUUACAACAUUUCGCAAUGAAACUUUGGAAUAUUACUAAUUUUGUGAUGCUCUUUCAAGCUGUGAUGAAAUUUUUGUCUAGAUCAAAAUUUAGUCUAUUACGCAAAUGGUCAAUUACUGUGCAAGUCUUUCUUUAUUAAAUUUGAAAUCUUACAAAAACAUGGCGCUACCAAGACGGGGGAUUUUAAGAUUUUUACGAUUAGACUAAGUCUAAGUUAUUUCUGAAUUUCCUGCAUCUUUAUUACCACAAAACGUGUAUUAAGAUUGAAGGGCAUAUCAGGAUGCGUGAAGCAAUGCGAAACUCACAUUAAAAAGAACUAGUUACUAGUUGUACAAAUUUGUUUCAUUAAUUUUCGUUAAUAAUUAUUCUUUCAAAUCUAUUUAUUUUCACAGUAUAAGCCUGAUUCACAUAUACCUGUGGUAUGUCGGCGGGCUAUUGUCGUUAGCAGUUCAACCAAACCGAUAUUCACAACAAAAAGUCACAACAAAAUUUAAAAAAAAAUAAUUCACAAAAUUUUGAAAAGAAUAUAUGCAUCAACAGCUGUAAACAAUGAUAGCGCAGGCAUACCGCAGGCAUAUGUGAACCAGGCUAUAAAUCCGUUAUGCAUUAUUUGCGAUUGAGCAAUGCGACGUAAUUUUUCAGUUUUUGAACGUAAAUAAAAGCGUCCAUGAAAGGAAAUUUAAAAAAAAUUUUGGACCAAAUAACUCAGAAUGUUAUAGGCUAUAGCGCUCCUAAAUAUUUGAAAAACGUGAACCAGGAUUAAAGUAAAGCUGGUAGAAUUCUGGUUCUGUGUGUUUGGGCCUUUAAUAUUCAUUAUUCCACUCCACCGCCGCGGACUUAAUUGUGUCAGAAAAUAAUUUGGGUGUACUGUUUAUGUCAGCACAAGCUUCAAAUUUAACUCAGAAACAAAGGAAACCAUCUGACUUAUUCAGUACUUUGCCAUAUUUUUUACGAAAAAUUGGUUUCCAAACGCGACCAAAAAAUCACAGCUGUAGGCUAGUUGCAGGAAUUUAACCGUAACUCAAGUAUAUUAAUUAUUUUAUACUUGAUACUUAGGUCAAUGACCCAUCGUCUGUUUUAACACGAAAGACUGCAUGUGAGUGUUUAUGGGAAAUAGAAAUAUCGUAUCCGGUAAGCUCUUCUUUGGUCUAUUGACUGUUAUUCUGCAACGUUAACUCACCCAUGACUCAAUCUUAGAAAUUCGUAAUUUUUAAUUCCAGGGUCUUUUGCAAGACAGACUUGGUUAUUUUUUUAAACGUUGUGAACAAGAACGCUCAGUUAUUUUUCAAAGUUAUAUGGUACGUGUUGUCCAUGGUGUUAUAUUUUAUACAGUAUAAAUUAUCCUGUUUGUUUGUUUGUUUGUUUGUUUGUUUGUUUGUUUGUUUGUUUGUUUGUUUGUUUGUUUGUUUGUUUUGUUUUGUUUUGUUUUGUUUUGUUUUGUUUUGUUUUGUUUGUUUGUUUGUUUGUUUGUUUGUUUGUUUGUUUGUUUUGUUUGUUUGUUUGUUUGUUUGUUUGUUUGUUUGUUUGUUUGUUUGUUUGUUUGUUUGUUUGUUUGUUUGUUUGUUUGUUUGUUUGUUUGUUUGUUUGUUUGUUUGUUUGUUUGUUUGUUUGUUUGUUUGUUUGUUUGUAAAUGACAGUAUUUUGUGCUUAUUGAAGUAAUAUCUAAUGCUUUAUUUAGAUACUGUUUGUGACAACUUUAAAGAACGCCAUCGUCCACAUCUCAACGUUUCAGAAAGAGUAUGUAUCAAUCACAUUCAUAAUUAGCAGAAAGAUGUUAAACUUUUUAUCCCAGCAAUAUGUAAUCAGGGCUUUCAAAAUAACCCGGCGGCCGCUGGAGUUCCGGCGGGUGGCACGAAGUUUACCGCCGGUUACUGUGUUUAGUACUUGAAUUAUCAAUUCUACUCUCCUUCCUCUACUCUGAGCUUUCAAACAAAGUUAUUUUUCCUCAACUUGGUCCACUUUAUAUAGCCUGGUUAUUUUCGAAAAUGACGUACUAUUUUGUAAAACUGAUUUAGGCUAGUUAUUUGCCAUCUUAAAUCUUGAAGUAACUUUGUUGAAGAAUGAAAGCAAGGGACUGGUCAUGAAGUAUAGGCGGGGGUGAGCUAUGGAAAUUGAGGGGUCAAUCAAUUUUCCAAGUCUCAAAUUUUAGACUGCCCCCUUCCAACAGACGCCAACUUUAUCAAAUCAGACGCCUACUCUGAAUAAUUCUGAAAGCCCUGAGCAAAAUGCCCUUUUCAUAUAGCAAAACACCCUUAAAAACACCCUUUUCAAAUGACAAAACACCCUUUUCAAAUAGCAAAACGCCUUUUCAAAUGGCAAAAUGCCCUUUUCAAAUGGCAAACAGCCUUUUCAAAUGGCGAAACACCCUUUUCAAAUAGCAAAACUCCCUUUUCAAAUAGCAAUACGCCCUUUUCAAAUGGCAAAACACCCUUUUCAAAUGGCAAAACGCCCUUUUCAAGUAGCAAAACGCCCUUUUCAAAUAGCAAAACGCCCUUUUCAAAUAGCAAAACACCCUUUUCAAAUGGCAAAACAUUCUUUUCAAAUAGCAACAGUAAUAUUUAUGUUUGUGAUGUUACUCUGAGUGCAUAUCCACACCGGGCGAGCUUGAAAAAUAUGCCCGGCCACGGUGGGAAUCGAACCUACGACCUUUGGAAUACUACCGUCCGCGUAGCUCAGUUGGCAGAGCAUUGGGCUAGUAUUCCAAAGGUCGUAGGUUCGAUUCCCACCGUGGCCGGGCAUAUUUUUCAAGCUCGCCCGGUGUGGAUAUACACUCAGAGUAACAUCACAAACAUCAUAUUCAUCUGAGUACACAACACCAACACAGAAAAAAAGUAAUAUUCAUGUUGUUUAGCGUUCCAGAGAAUCAGAAUUAUUUGAAUGAGUUAUUGUCAAGUGAAGCUGACCUCAGUAUGAAGGUAUGUAAUCCGUAUAGUGACUUCAGUAUGAAGGUAUGUAAUCCCUAGUGACUUCACAGUAUGAAGGUGUGGUCAGUUUUCGAAAUAAUGGCGUGCUUUCCUUCAUUUAGAUGAAUUGUUUAUCUGAACUAGGAGUAAUAGAGGAGCAAUUUCCUGUCAUUACGAAUGUAGGAAAUUAAGGCUUAUUUAUUUUUGUAAAACUCGUUAAUAUUUAAUUUGUAUACAAUACACUUUCCUUGAUAUGAUUUUUAACAAAUUUUUGAAACAUUUAGUUUAUUGUUUGUUCUUUUUAGUUUAUUGGUGGACACCAUUAUGAUGUUAGUUUACCGACGAAAUUUCAAAAUAAAGAAAUAAAACGAGCUGUGUCGUUUAUUGCUGAUAACUAUAACCUUCUUACCAGCGUACCACUCUUUCAUGUGUUACUACAGGUAAAUAAUAUGCAAUUGCUUGAUAUAAGUCGUUGUGGUUUUGAACACACUUUUACUUGAUCAAAGAUUUGCGCCUGAAAUGACGGAAGCCUGUGCUUAUUUUGACUAUUAUCAACGGUGACUUCCUAUAUCUACUUAUAUACAAAAUCGUGUUUCUUUCUUGUUGCAGUUGAUGCAUUGCAUUAAGUUGGCUUCUUUAUCACCAAGCGUGAGUACUUUUGUCUCAGUUUUUCCUUCUGUCCUCAUUCCUCACAUGGCCAGUUCCAAACGAUCGAAAAAAUUUUAUUCUCUGGUGUGUAUGACAUUUUCUACAAAUUGCACAUGCUGUUUUGAAUCCCACUGGCUGAGGCAGCACCUCCCUUGCGAUAGUAUCUUCUAGUAUCUAAUAUAUUACAAAUAUACUGUAUAUGUCGUCUGUAUGUCUAUUCAUGCAGUAGUUCAUUUUCUAAUAGGUCUUCAAGUCUCAAUUCGUCAAAAGUCUAUUCAAUACCAUGGAUCUUCCCUUAUUCCAGCUCGUUCUCUUACUUAAGGUAGAAAAUAAUGUUCAACGAUUCGGCGAUUUUUCCUUCUGACGGAUGGGAAUGAGUAAAUGCGUACACCAGCUUAGAAUCACUUUUCGGAAGUGUACAUUUCUAUUGGUCUUUUGCAUGUCACUCAUUCGAACACAUCCGCCAGGAGAAGAAAAAUCGCGACAAAUUGCUAGUGUGAACCAGUGCUAUAGUGUUAGUCAUAAGAUCUGAAUGUUGAAUAAGGUUUCUAUAACUUAUAUAGUUGGGUUUCACUAAGAAUUAACCUGGAUUUAAAUGUGUUCUUUAGUCUACGUUUAGAAACCAACUGUUUGAAGAGACAGAUAGUAUUAUUUUGUUACAAAGGUAUGUGGCUGUUUAUUCGAGACAUGUCUUGUUAUCUUGGCUAAAUACCAUCCAUAAAACUGGAUAAUAUAUUCGUCUGAAAGUAACGUCCAAUUAUAAUUCCAGCCUAAGCUAUAUGUGGUUAGAUUCAAUUAACCAACCACAGACCCAGUAUACGAGAAUUUUGAAAAAGAAACUGAAGGCAAAACAUUGAUUAUAUACUGCAAGUCUACAAGUCAAACUCCGUGUGUCCUUGUAUUUACGUUAUUUUUCAUCUCUGGUGACUUUUUGCGUGACUCGUUGAGAAGAGGAAUUAGUCCUACAAUGUUUAUUUAACGGCCCACAAGCGUAUAAGGGUGUAGCACAGAAUUUACAGAAUUUAACCUCUAUUCUUUGGGUGUAGUUAUAUGUUUUCUUAAUUCUUCUUCCAGACUUUGUCAUUUAUCUAAUCAACGUUUUCUUGGAAUUUCUCAACGACUUCUCUGCUUUCAUUGGUUGAUCAGUUUUCCUCAAGACGUCAAGGUAGUCAUUCUAGGUGUUUUUGUGCAAUAAUGGUCUUGAUCGUCAGAGUUAUUCGAAAAGUACUCCAUAUAUACAUUGUAUGAUAAUAGAUUCCAAUAAGCGUUACGGUUCCAAUACGCUUUACCCAUCUAUAUGCGAGUCUUGUUUGUAAUUUUGUUAUUAGGCUGUUUUAAGUAGAUCUGUUCGAACAUUACUUAGGCUGAACAUGAAAGAAAAAGCGAUUUUCUGGCUGAACAUUUAGACUUUACAGAGAGAGCAAAAUUCCAUCCAACUGUCUUUGAUCCAUUGGGUAAGGUCAAUUACUGAUAUAUUUGAUAAUAUGAUUUUUACUCAAAUUGGACACGAUAUUUUUUAUGUUUCUUUUAAGUACAAAGCCAAAAAGAAAACAAAAGAAACGAUAUUAGUACGCUUUUGUCGCUUUAUAUUGCAUUUUUACUUUCAUUUCUUUAAUAUUAUUUUAGAAAUUAUCCCAGGAAAAUUAAAUGUUUUGUCGUGUUGUUGUACUCCCGGCGAUGGUCCAGGUAAUGCGUGCUUGUGGCGGUCACUUCGCGAAAUAUUGGCGGGGGGUGGGGGCGAAUUAGGUUGCCACCUUUUGUACCUGGAAAUCUUAUAGUUCACUAAACUUUUUUUGCCUUAAAAUUUGCCAAUAUUUAGAUUAAUUUGUAGCCUAUUACAAUACUUUCAUAGUUGAAAAAUUGUUACAGCUUUGUUACACAGUUAUGUAGCUAUCAUUCAUAGAUUUUAGGCCUCCCCCCCCCCCCUAGUAUCCGCCACUGAAGAUAAUCAUCAUGGCUGUUUACACCGUUUUAAGAGGGGGUAAUGGGGGGGGGGGGUACCGAUCCUGAAGCACGAAAAAUAAUAUGCAGCGAUCUUGAAGCAUGAAAAAUAAAAGAAGGAAGUCCUGAAGCACGUAAAAUAAAUUUAUUACGAAUCUGAAAUGUAAACUGAACAUGAAAUGUAAGCAACAAUCAUACUUAAAAUCCAGAAACAAAAUUAAUGGAACAUAUUGUCCAGAAACGAGAAAUAACCGUCAUUAAAUACAGCUGAAAACGGAGAACGGAUAUUGAAUACACCGCAAGCACGAUACACGGCAUCCAUGUCGGGAUCGAAAAACGUUUAAUAAAAAGAUGACUGAACGAAGAACGAAUAAUUAAAUUACCCCAAUACGCAGCACGAAAAUACCCCAUUACCCCCUUCUUUUAAGCAAAAAUCACUUUCAAAAUUAUCCCGUCCUUCCCUCCGUCUUUCACGGCAUAGCUGUUUUUUAUCAUGUAAGCGAUAAUUUACAAGAGUGGCGAUAUUAAUAAUUGUACUUCCCUAAGUAAUAAUAACAAUUCUUGUAUAUGUAUUAACCAUCUUUUUUAUAUAAAGUUCCAACAUUUUUUUGUCUGUAGAUAUUGCGAGCGCCACGUUGAUGAACUGUUUGGUGUGUCUUCAUAAACCAAUAAACCAUGGUUUGAAACGUCCUUACGCUGCCCUCUUGUUCCAAGUUUUGUUUUCAUAUUACUCAAGACAUCGAGAUUCAGUAGCGUUGGUGCAAGAAAUCUACAGGUGAUUCCCUGGGGCCCGUUAUACGAAAGCUGGGUUAGCGUUAACCCUGGGUUAAAAUUUAACCUUCUGUUUUAGUUUGUGUAUUUCUGCACAUCUGUUUAUUUCAAAAUUUCAGAGAAGAAAACUCUCAUCGGUCCACACAAGAAAUAUUUCCAAGUUUAUAAACAUGUUGUUGGGAAGUUCGCUUUGAAUUUUAGGUUAACCUAGGGUUAAGCUGACCCAGCUUUGAACAACCGACCCCUGAUAGUGAUGUUAAAUCGAUUUUUUCUUCAAAAUCCUUAAGACGUGUUAUAUUAGAGCUAAUUUUCAACCAUGUUUUUCAUUGCAGAUUUCUACUUUCAAUAGCCACAGAGCAUUCUGACUUAGUGCCGUACAUUUUAGAUUUUGCUAUUUCCGUUUCUGUUCUCACACCAGAAAGGUAUGAAAAUACGGUCCAGCGUGAACAUGAACUAUUUGAAGAUUUCUUAAACUUACUACAGGUACAUUAACGAGCCAUUUGUGAUUUCUUACAGCUACCUACCUUGCGAAAUACUACGAAAUUUCACAGACUACAUUGUGGCAUUGCCGUUAAGAAAACAAAUAAAAAACAUUCGUAAUUUUCUCAAAGCUUUUGGAUAUGCGAUGAGAUUAAAGGAUAUACCGCCCAAGGUUAGUGAACGGUAUAAUAAAUGAAUAGAUAAUUAAUGUAUAUUUAAUUAAUAUAUAUAAUUAAUUAAUAACUAAUAAUCAAUCAAUUGAUAUUUUAGGGAACCAUUGGGUAUCUGCAACAACUGGCGAUGUGUGAUGAAAUACGAAGGAGCAGUGAUAAUUGGUCAGUGGGAAACGCUAUACUUCAUGUAUGCAGGAAUAUUUUACAGUAUCACGACACUUCAAAAAUUAUAGCAGGUAUUAUGUAACAACAUAUGUGUUAAGAGAUAAUAUCGUCCAAAUAUUAAAUGAAGUUAGACCUCAUACCCUAACCUGCAAUCUGUUGAUCAUUUUUUUCCAGUAUUUUGUCAAACAAUCAACACUACCGGAUAGCACUUUGGAGUUUACCUAAUCCUCUUCUAUAAUAAUAGUAAAUUUCUGCUUUUUCAGAGUUUGGUGAAUGUCUUCUCACCAUAAACAAAACAAAUCAAGAUAUCGGUAUCCUUUUAUAAUUUACCGUUGUUUUCCAUGUAGUCUAUGUGAUGAUAUAUAGCAUUCAUGAUAGACUUGACUGAUAUAGGAAUUGCAUCUCAUCUUCAUACUUUUGAGGUGAUAUUUCUUCUUUAACUUUUGUUGUAAUAUUAGAUAUAUGUGAUCGAGCGAUGUUUUAUUACACAUUAUUGACAACAAUAUCAACAGAAAAAGUACGGUAUAACUAGCUUUUAGCGAUGGAGCAUCUUGAUUAAAGACCAAAGUUUAAUAAAUAAUAUAAGAUCAUAUGUUGUUUCCUCUAGUGUGCUCGGCUGCUAACUGGAACUAUCACAAAGCUAGGCAAGACCAAAACAGCACAUCUCUCCGAAAGGCCUGGUACGAAAACGUUAUAUGGUUUCACCCUACUCUGUUGUUUUAAUCUCAAUCUAUCUCAAGUUACACAAGCGAUUUUCCUCGUUACGAUGAAAGUGCCGAGUUUCAUAGCUCUUGUUUACCUUUUAAACUGA